AUGACUUUUGUGUUGAAUAUGGAUAGAACUAAUAUUUCCAAUGCUGUAUCUGAUAACUUGGCUGCUAAUCUUGGUUUUACAAACGAUGGUGUGAAUACUGGUACUCUUUUACAUUCAGUACUCUUUACUGUGGUAACUCUUCCCAAUAAUGCCAUUGUCAAAAAAGUAGGUGCUCAUUUAUGGAUUCCUAUUCUAAUGUCUUCUUGGGCCAUUGUCACCUGGGCACAUAUUUUUAUCACUGACUUUUCUUCCUUCUUGGCAGUACGCGCUUUUAUUUCCAUCACUGAAGCUGGCUUCAUUCCAUCCUGUUUAGCUUAUCUCACUGGUUUUUAUACUUCAAGAGAAUUAUUAACUCGUUUAGCAUGGUUCUGGGGCAUUCAAUCAUUUGCAAGCGCUGUUUCUGGUUUGAUUUCUUUUGGCGUAUUCCGAUUAGCUGGUAUAGGAGGACUCUAUGGAUGGAAAUGGCUCUUUUUGAUUGAUGGUUUGUUCACCCAAUUGAUUGGUUUGAUUGCCUUCUUAUAUUUGCCUUCUGGACCUGGAAAGACUUCUACCGUUCUUUGGGGCAAAAAAGGUUGGUUCACGGAACGAGAACGGAAGAUUGCUGUGACACGAUUAGUACGAGAUGAUCUCACCAAGACAGAACAAAUGAAAAAAGUACAAUGGUCAGAUGCCAAACUGGCACUUUUGGAUACCAAUCUUUGGACACAUUUGAUUAUCACGUUUUUAGGUGUCAUGCCCACCACUCCUAUAGGAACUUACUUGCCUACCAUGAUUCGCUCUUAUGGAUUCGAUGUUACCACUGCCAAUCUUUUGACAGCUCCUUCUUAUAUCAUCAGUUUGAUCAUCUCCAUUGCCUUGGCUCGGUUUUCUGAACGAUUUGGUUAUAUGGGUUUUAUCAGUGCUAUUCAGGUCCUUUGGGGUACAGUUGGUUAUUUGGCCCUUGAAUUCGUCCCUCCUACUACUGGCCGAUGGGGAAUGUAUGCUGUGGCUCUCUUUACUGCCUCUACUCCAUUCUUUCAUGGUUUACAUAUUGCGUGGAUGUCUGCUAAUUUGGCUCCCAUUGGAAAAAGAACCUUAGCAUUAGGUGCUAUUAUUGGGUUUGCAAAUAUUUGUGGUGUACCUGGAUCUCAAAUUUACCAAACCAAGGAUGCUCCAUAUUACCAUACCGGAAACUGGGUUCUUGUUGGUAUUACUGUGGCCUGUGCUAUUCUAUUGAUCUUCCAACAUUUCCGAUACAAAUAUACCAACCAAUAUCGCGAACGAAAAUGGAAUGCAAUGACCGAAGACGAAAAAAACAAUUAUUUACUGACCACCAAGCAUCAAGGCAGUGAACGAUUGGACUUUCGAUUUGACAUCUGA